CGCAGAGAGAGACUACAAAGUCUUCCUUCCCAUCGACACAUCAUUCUUCUUCUCUUCCCUUAAAAAGAAAAAAAAAAAAAACCCUUUACAAGAACUCAAAAAAGCUUUCAAUCUUCGGAACCAGCCCGUGAAAAGAUUUGGUGUUCUAUGGAUGAGCUUGGUGAUGGGGGUUCAGUAGCUAGUGUUGUCGAAUCUUCUGUUAUGACUGCAACUGUACCUCCUAGUGGUGAUGAAUCCCUGUUGGAGAGUAUAGAGGGAGAGGUUGAGGGGUCUUAUGAUGGGGAACAUGGAGAUGAUAUAAUGAUAGAUUCUGACCUUUUCGUUGAUGGGGUGUGUAGUAAUGAUGAAGAUAAAGAGGGUUUUGAGGGAGGCGUGGAAUCUUUUGAGAAUGAAGGUAUGGUAGAGGGUGAUGUUGGGUCACAUCAAGCGGGGGAUUUGGAGGGUAGCACUGAAACUGGGGUUGAAGGGUCUAGGGAUACUCCAGGUGAAAAGGAUGAAAUCUCUGGAGAUGUUCUUCAGAAGGAAGAAGUUGAGGAAGAGAAGGUUGAGAUGAGUGAUAGAGAGCGGGAAGAGGUUCAGGCCUUGGCUACAGAGCAAGUAGUUGGGGGACCGGAAUCACUGGAAGAGGGUGGGGCCUUGGCUGAAGAGCAAGUGGUUGGGGGAUCGGAAUCACGGGAAGAGGGUGGAGGCUUGGUUAAAGACCAAGUAAUUGGGGUUUCAGAAUCGGUCAAUGAAGGGGACAAAGCACCGGGUAAGGCGUCACAGGAUACUGGUGUUGUGGAUCACGAAGUAUGGAAUCCAGGAAUUAAUGGUGGGGGCGUAUCGUCUUUGUCAGUGCCUGAACCAGAGGGUUCUUUCGAAAAGGAGAAGACAACUUCAACAGAUGAGAAUCCAGGUAGUGAGGAUAAUCUAAAGGCUUCAGAAAAAGAUCAGGGUUCUGAUCUUCAGAUGGCCGGGACACCUUCCGAAGCUUUGGAUAAAGACAAUGUGCAGUAUGCUGUUCUUAGGAGGCAUGUUGUAUCAGUAACCACAGAGGAGAUCAUAAUUUCUGAUACUAGAAAUAUGGAGACUAAUGAAAGUAUACCUGAAGAUACUAGAAAUGUGGAGUCUAAUGAAUGUAAGACUGUAGAUAUUAGAAAUAUGGAGAAUAAUGUAGACGAUCAAUUUUUCGAAGCUUCUGGAAAGGCAGAGCCUAUGAAGGAUGACUCAGCUGUUGACAAUUCCAGAAACUGUGGUAACUCUGGUGUAGAACAUGUUGAAAUUUCUACCGAACAUGUUUCCAUUGAGGAUUCUGGUGUUGAGCCUGAAACCCAAUUGUCUGACGGAAAAAAUGAGGCCUCCCGGUCAGAAGAUUUUCCAACCACGAAGCAGGAUGGUGAUAUUUCUGCUGCUCCAGACUCAUCCACCGUGCAGUCUUCUGUUGUUGAAAGAGGAGAGUGGGACGAAAUGGACCUUGAUGUAGUACUGGAUUUCAAGGAUGAUGCAAUGGUUCUGGAUGCAUCUGAUUCAGUAUUGAGAUCCAAAGAAAAUGUCGAAGACCUUUCUGGCAAGUCAACGGUGCCUGACUGCAGUGAUGCUGCAAAACCUGCAAGCUGUGCUACCGAAAGUCAUGCCAGUGAUGUUGGUAAGUCGGUAGAGUUGGUCAGAGGUGAGGGACAUGUACAAUCAGGUUCAGCAUCUCUUAAGGAGCAGGCAUCAAUGGCUACACAAGCUAUUGAAGCAGUUGCUGAAGAGAAAGUUGCUAACAUCAGAGUUGAAGUUUCGGAAGACAAUAGAGCUGUCGGAGAAUUCGAGCAUUCAAAUACCUCAGAUGUUUCUGAAGGAACUGAGAAGAAAACUAUGGCUGAAGCAAAUUCACUUGCAUCCAGGGAGCCUAGUGUUGCUGUUAGUCCGGUAGAACUCUCCAGUGAAUCCGAGAUUCCAAUAUCCAAUGCUAUUUAUGGUAGCGCUUGUGGUCCCAACACAAAUGACCCAGCAGAAGAUGGUGUCAUCGGAAAUAAUCCUUCUGAGGUUUCAGUCGGAGCGGAUGCCUCUAUUCUAGAAGAUGAUGCAGAUGUUGUCUCGCAGAUUGAUUUUCAAAUAGGGGACGAGAAAGAUGUUGCAGUAGGUGAAGAAAGUGGUUUCCCCGAAAGUAACGGCAAUGAUGAGAUGCAGGUUGAUCUUCCAGAAAUUAAGUUGAGUGGAGAUGAGAAGGAUAUGACUGUUGGCAGUCAGAUUGAUCAAGAAAAAGAGGAUGUAACAACGGGAGAGAACACUUCUGAGAUAAACCAGUCAAAGGCGAUUGAAGGAAAAAAAACAAAAACUCUGAGCUCAGUUAGCGAAGGUCAACCUGGAUAUCUUCUGGGACCAGCAGAUGAAGGAGAAUUCUCUAUAACGGAUUUAGUCUGGGGAAAAGUCAGAAGCCAUCCUUGGUGGCCUGGGCAGAUAUUUGAUCCUGCAGAUGCUUCUGAUAAGGCUGUUAAAUAUCACAAGAAAGACACUUUUCUGGUAGCAUAUUUUGGAGAUCGGACUUUUGCUUGGAAUGAUGCUUCUUUAUUAAAGCCCUUUGGACCUUUUUUUUCCCAGAUUGAGAAACAGAGUAGCUCAGAAGCAUUUCAAAAUGCAGUUUCCUGCGCUUUAGAUGAGGUCUCAAGAAGAGUUAAGUUGGGUUUAUCCUGCUCUUGCAUAUCAAAAGAUGCACGUGAGAAGAUUGAAUGUCAGACUGUUGAAAAUACUGGGAUUCGUGAGGAAUCAAGCAGAAGAUAUGGUAUAGACAAAUCUUCUGGAGCUACUUCAUUUGACCCCAAUAAACUUCUUCAUUAUGUGAGGUCACUUGCAUGGUCCCCGGUAUCUUUGCCUGAUCGACUUGAACUAGUGCGUGCUCAUGCGCAGCUAUCUUCUUUUUGUUGUUUUAAGGGUUACCGCGAACCACCAACAUUUGAGGUAAGAGAUGCAAUGCUUGACAAAGAUGUGCAGACUUUGAAGUCGAGCGAUGAAUCCGAUCAGCCUGUCUCCAACGGUGAUGAACAUCUACCUUCUCCUCGCAAACGCACCCAGAGUCAGAAGGAUGAUUUGCAUUCUCGCAAGGAGAAAAGUUUGUCGGAAUUGAUGGGUGACAUGGAAUAUUCUCCAGAGGACGAGGAUGAUUUAGAUGGUAAAGCUUCGAGUAAGUCAGUUUAUCUUACAGGGAAGAAAAGAAAAGCGGUUGAUUCUCUGACUGAUGGAUCAGAUAAGAGAAUAAGUUUUUAUGCUGCAAAAGUUUCUACAACAUCUUCCAGUCCUAAGCCAUCCUUUAAGGUUGGUGAUUGUAUUCGUAGAGUAGCAAGUCAACUGACUGGAUCUGCUCCGGGUUCUAAGGGCAUCAAUGAACAAACAGGAAUGGAUUCGACUCAGGCUACUGGUGAGGAAUCCCAGCUGGGUUUUAUUGUGGAUCCAUCAGAAAUCUCUUCUUUAGAGAAGAUACUAUUACAACUCCAAUUGGCUGCUUCUGAUCCAAAGAAGGCAUAUAGUUUCUUGAGUAACAUCAUUGUUUUCUUCUCUGGAUUUAGAAAGUCAGUUGUUAGGAAGAAUGCUUCUGUUGGGAAAUCUGCUGGGGGUAGAAAAAGAAAGGCAGAACAUACUGCUGCUGGAGCUGCAGAAGAAUUUGAAUUUGAUGAUGUCAAUGAUUCUUACUGGACAGAUAGGAUAGUUCAGAAUUAUUCCGAGGAGCAACUGCUGCAUUUGACUGAGAAUGGUGAAAGAGAUCAUCAGCUUGUGGUAGCUUCUGAUGCUAAUAAAGCCCGUAAAACAGGUCGCAGCACAAGGAAGCGAUACUCUAAUGGAAAUUAUGAGACACCAAAGGAUGAGAAGUCUGCUGAUUUUGAUAGAAAAAAGCUCGAGUUACCUGCUGAACUUGUUCUAACCUUUGCAGAAGGGAACUCUGUUCCAUCAGAAAUAAAUUUAAAUAAAAUUUUCAGGAGGUUUGGGGCAAUAAAGGAAUCUGAGACUGAAGUUGAUUUUGAUUCUCACCGUGCUAGAGUGGUUUUUAAGAGGGGUGCUGAAGCAGAAGCUGCUUAUACCAGCGUGGGAAGAAUCAAUAUAUUUGGUUCAAAGGCUGUCAGCUACGAGCUUAACUACUCACCAGCAACUGAUUUUGGCUCGUCAUCCCCUCUGAUGUUGGAAGGAACUGAAGAAGCCACCUGAUCUUAAUGCUUACAGAUUACAGGCAUAUCUUUCUGUGGCUAAUUGCAACAAGGGCACUAGGCAAUGUGUUCACCGCUCAAUGGUACAGCUUCUUGCUAAUCUUUACUGGCUUGUGCUUCUAAAGUAGGAGGUAAACGAGGAUAAAUUUUUCUGGUUUAAAAUGUAAAAUGUAGAGAGUAGAAUGUCUUGUUGUAAUAUCUUUUUCAUAUUUUCUUGUAUCAAAUUACGAUGCACGGCCUUGCCUUAUCCUUGCCUUUUAGGUUCUAAAUUUAAUGUUGGCUUGCAUUUGCUCGCCGUUGAAUUCAAUGUCAUCUAUUGCAUUCAUCUUUUAUGUUUUUGGUUCUUUUAUCGCUGUAAGUGGGGGCGUUUCUUCUCCUGCCUGUUGAACAUCAGUGGCGAAUAACUUCUCAUAUUUGGAUGCCCUCAAGUUAGCCUCUAAAUUCGAAACGCCAAGCUUUGAUUUUUCAUCAUUUCAUCCAAAACUGAGAAGGAAGGAUAAAACUUUUUAAAAUAAAUGGACAAAUACCAUUGAAGUUCUGAAGUUGGACGCCAACGAAUGUGCGGGAUAAAACUACAUAUAGUAGGCAUCAACUGCAGCUACUUGGCGGCAGCACUGACAUUGUUGCUGAGCUCUGUUUUUGUACAUUUAUUUCCCGUUUUGGACUUUUGGUGCCAAGUGUUAACGACCUUUUCCAAACUUUUAAGAAUCACAAACCAAAACCUGCGACAAUCCGCUGGAUUAGGUGAACCUGGACAAGCGGGAGAAUCUUAUAAAUCCAGCAGCAGAAAAAGAGUAAAUCUCUUCACAAAACCAUCAAGAAAGAAGAUGAGUUUAAGAGCAUUACACUUGAGCCUAAUCACUCUAUCUCUUUACUAUGCGCAAGCUCAACAAGCUGCAACCGAUGUUUCGGCCUGGGGAGACAAGUACCAUCUGCAUGUUGCGAAUCAUCUUCCCGACAACACCAAUCUCAUGAGAAUCCACAUCUUUUCCGGAGACAACGAUAUGGGUUACCACGAUCUCCGUGUGAACGAUGAUUUUCAGUGGCAUUUUAGAACAAGAGUUCCCGGAGUUACUAAAUUUUUCGGUCAUUUUUGGUGGGGUUCCAAGGAACAGGGCUUCAGUGUUUACAACGAUGAUUUAGCUUAUGAUUACUGUAAAAAAUUGGUGUGUUACUGGUCGUUUAGAGAAGAUGGUAUCUAUAUUUCGGACAAAACCGACCCUGAAUUCCAUGAAAUGACAAAGAUGUACGAAUGGAAAUGAAUACAAAUUCCCAAA